AGUAUUAGUCAAAGGGCUCAACACUAGUAGUGAGUGAAUAGCAGAGAGAAGAGAGAAAGUAUAGUAUUAGCGCUCAGUUGUAUUCAUCGCUUACUGAGUCUACAAACCAUACACUCCUCUGUCAUACCAUUUAUUUGUAUGUGUUUUGAGUGCACUGCAGACUCCCUGUGCGGCGCUUAACAACACAUCUCUCUCUCUGUACUUCUUGUAGAAAAUAAAAACCAACCAAUCAUUUGAAUCAAAUGGAUAUCAAUUAAAAGAGAUCACCAGUUGUUGACCAAACAGAACCUACAAGACAUGUGGUGACGACAAUCAGAUCACUAACUAAAUUGGAUCCGUUUGUACAUCAAGACUGCAAUCAACUCACGCGCCGUUAUAAGACAUCAUAACACUAUUGGGGUGUUGUUGUGGACAACUGUUUUAUUCUUCAAGACAAUUGUUUUCUAUUUCAUCCCAAGAGAAAUAAUAUCCAUAUAAUUGGUGUACUAUAACAUCGGAUAUAUCGACGACAACAACAUCAAAAUGUCAUCCAAACCGAAGAAUAAGCUGAACUUAAAGCUACCGCACUCUUCAUUACAAACCAAUGAUCACAGUCUGAUUGAUUCAACUCUCGAUAAACCAUUGGACACGAGUCUCGAAGCGCUGCAGAAGACAUUAGAAGGACUGGAUUUGGAUGAACAACAAAGAAGACGAUUGGAACACUUCCUGUCGCAGAAACAAAAGGUCGGCGAACUUAACGCCGAAGACUUUGACAAUUUAGGCGAAUUAGGCGCCGGUAAUGGAGGUGUCGUCACCAAAGUUAUUCACCGACCCAGUGGUCUCAUUAUGGCCCGAAAAUUGAUCCAUUUGGAGGUAAAGCCAGCCAUAAGAAGUCAAAUAAUACGUGAAUUAAAAGUUCUUCACGAAUGCAAUUCCCCGCAUAUCGUCGGCUUUUAUGGAGCCUUCUAUAGUGAAGGAGAGAUCAAUAUCUGUAUGGAAUAUAUGGACGGCGGAUCUCUAGAUUUGUUGCUGAAGAAAGCGAACCGAAUUCCAGAACAGAUCUUAGGAAAGGUUACCAUAGCUGUCAUCAAAGGCCUUAACUAUUUGCGCGAAAAGCAUCAGAUAAUGCAUAGAGAUGUAAAGCCUUCGAACAUAUUAGUCAACUCUCGCGGAGAGAUUAAGAUAUGUGACUUCGGGGUCAGUGGUCAGCUCAUCGACUCGAUGGCCAAUUCGUUUGUUGGCACCCGAUCUUAUAUGUCGCCCGAACGACUUCAGGGAAAUCACUAUACAGUUCAAUCAGACAUCUGGAGUUUAGGUCUUUCAUUGGUAGAGAUGUCAAUUGGAAGAUAUCCAGUUCCGCCACCCGAUUCCAAAGAGUUGUCCCAAAUAUUCGGCAGCAAAUAUGUGCCCGAAACUAACGAAAUAUGUCCACCGCCUCAAAGCUAUCACUCUUUGAGUCCAAUAGGAAAGUUCAGACCAAACAAUUUUAGCCCAAUUCUACACAAUUCCGGAGCCACGGGUGAUGGUCCGCGGCUAUCGAUAUUUGAAUUAUUAGACUACAUUGUCAAUGAGCCGCCACCAACUGUUCCCAAAUCUGUAUUCACAGCAGACUUCAAGGACUAUGUCGAUCGGUGUCUUACCAAAAAUCCGGCUGAAAGGGCUGACCUUAACAGUCUAAUUAAUCACCCGUUCAUAAAGCGAUCGGAAACCGAAAAGACUGACUUUUCGCGUUGGAUCUGUCAGGUCAUGCAAUUGGAUCCGUCGACGCCCACCAAAACUACCAGUCCUAACAGCACUGCUUGACUAAACAAACAUAAUUGUCAGUUAUUAUUAUUAUUAUAUAUUUUUUUCGUUAUUUAAUUAUUUUUUUUGUUUUAAUUAUAUUUAUUGUAAAUAUUAAAUCAAAAAAUUUCAAAUGAAAUGCACCAAAAGUCUGCUCUCUU